AAUGUGCGCUUCCCUCCUUCUCAUAAUCGGAGAGGGAGAGGGAGAGAGAGAUUGAGAGAUGGCCGCGGCGGCUGGGCCUGGGCGGGAGGAGGAGGAGGUGUCGACAGCGGCGGUGGCGGGGCGGCCGGAGCAGGAGCGGGGGGAGAGCGAGAGCGAGGGGGAGGAGGGGAUGGCGGUGCUGGACUUCGACAUGCUAUGCGCGUCGGUGGCGAUGGGGGCGGAGAGGAGGAAGGCUAGCGCCGCGGCGGCGGCGGCGGCGGCGGAUGCGGACAGCGAUGGUGGCGGCGGCGGAGGGGGUGGGGUGCAGAGGAUGUGGGAGGGGGACGUGGUGCUGGAUUGCCUGGAGGACCGGCGAAUCGCGCUGGAGGCCGCCUGCUGUCCGUGCUAUCAGUUUGGCAAGAACAUGCGGAGAGCCAAUCUUGGAACUUGCUUCCUUCAGGGAAUGGUUUACUUCAUUCUGUUAGUGGCUAUUCUGAUCAGCCUAAUUGCCUUUUCGGUAACAAAGCAUCAUAUAUAUUUAUAUAUGGGACUCGGCUCUGUCCUCUGGAUAGCAAUCUAUACUGGUUACUUUCGAAGAAGAAUCCGGAAGCAAUUCAACAUCCGGGGUACUGAGAGCAGUCUGGAUGAUUGUGUUCUCCAUCUCAUUUGUCCUUGCUGUACGCUAUGCCAGGAGGCUAGAACUUUGGAGAUGAAUAAUGUCCAGUGUGGUGUGUGGCAUGGACGGGGUGAUACCAUUUGUUUAGGGAGCAACGGCGAAGGAAACAAGGCUUUUGCUGCCCUGAACAAGCCGUCGUUUGUGCCUAUAAAGUCACCAGAGUUGUGUGGCAUGGACAGAACGUUAAAUGGAGUUGAUGAGCAUGAGCCACUCGUCCCACCAGCUGAACCAGAGCAGGUGUAAGUGAAUAAUAGCAGCAGAAUUCUGUAUCGCCGUAACCUCUGCGCAUUCCAGAAACGGUUUGGACUGCCCUACGAGAAAAUCAUCGGUACUGCACUUCUCUGCCUGCUUGUUGCAUACUUGAAUCCAGUCUGAAGAACUGGAUCUGCAGCAACCAUACAUGGGUGAUGAGCACAAUCGGCCUGUUGUUGUAAAAUUCAGUGAUUUUUUUUAUCACGCAAUUGACUUAUUCAGGUUGAAGACCGUAUCUACGUAAUGCCAUGACACAUGCCCAGGCCUCUUGUCUGAAUACAACUGUAAAUUUCUGAUGUAACUUAGGGGUUCCAAAGAUAAUAAAAAUAUUACGGGGUUCACACUUGUAAACUUCACCUGAGAGAGAGAGAGAGAGAGAGAGAGGUGUUAGUACAAUCAUUGAAAAGGAUUAGGCCUACUAAAGCUCGCAAAGUUGCAAUGAUGCAGGCCUGCUGCCUGCUGCCUCCUGCCUAAUACAGGAUGUGUUUUAUUUC